CGCUACGCGGAAGCGUAUUGUACACUACUGUACAUCAAUGAUCAGUCAGUUGUUACGAUCAUGGCGAAAGGCCAUGGACUGGACUUAAAAACCGUCAGUUUAUUAUGGAUUUUAAUUGUGAUUUUAGCAGAAUCUAGCUGUUCAUCAUCGCAUACAUAUUAUAUGGCUGGUCAAGACUGUGAUUCAACUAUUCUAUUAGGAGGUGCAGUGGUGUAUUCACAUUAUAUAAACCAGUCUAAAUCGUACAAUAAUGAAGUGAAUUGUCAAAUUAAGUUUAAAUCUAAGAAAAGUGACUGGAAAAUAAUGCUACGGAUGUUAGAAAUGGAUAUUCCAGACAGACAGAAAAAUGGAAUAUGUAAUGAUGCAUUAUAUGUUUCCGAUUCAGAUAAAAUGUAUCAUACUAUGAUUGAAGCUGGAGGUAACUUUGGAUUAUGUGGGAACCAGCUUCCAUCAACUAUUUAUUCCUCAGGACAAUAUUUAACAGUUCAUUUUAGAACAGACAAAUAUAAACCUCCAACAAGAUUUGAUGAUGGGGGACGUAAUGGAAGAGGCUUUAAAUUUAUUAUUACAUCAUAUAGUGAAGAUUAUGACAAAGUGCAAUCUUGCGGCUCAGCAUUUCAAUGUGAUAAUCACAAAUGUAUAGAAAAAGAUUUAACAUGUGAUAGAGUGGAUCAUUGCGGGGAUUAUUCUGACGAGGCGGCAGAGGGACCGGCAGAAUGUGGUGUAUCUCAUGAAACCAUUUUAACCAAAUUCCUGUCAUUAGGAGUGGCGGCAUCAGUUGGAAUUAUUGUUGGGGGACUGAUUGUCUGUAUUUUCUGCACUAUUUCACUGGUGUGUUGUUGCCGGCAGUCUGUCUGCAAAAAGGCGCCAAGCAGUAGCUCAAGUGGUAUAAUGACCGGGACGACAUCGGUUAUGACAAAUGGAGGACCAGGAAGUCAUCAUGGUAGUGUACAUGGUAGUCAUCAUGGCAGCCAUCAUGGUAGCACUCAUCAUGCAGCAAAUCACCAUGGUAAUGGUCACAUGACACAAAUUGAUAGAGGUCCUCCUCAACAUCAAAUGAAUCCAUUCGGAAAUCCAACACACCAAGGUUAUUAUCCCAUGCACCCUGUAUACCCGUCCCCGCACGGAUCAGUGUAUUCCGCUCAUACUCAAAACUCAGCAUUUACUCGUGACUCUGGAUAUAAUCAUAACCAGUUCGGCUACUCAAGUAGCGUAUACUCUAACUCUCAGGCACCUUCGUAUCACCGUUCACACACGCCGACCAGCAGUAAAUCGGGGAAAUCACAUCAUUCAAACAAUAGCGUAACAUACGCUCAUAACACAGACAAAGUAAUGCUGCCAGUGAAUUUAUAGUGAUAUAGUUACAGGCAUUUUUUGCGAUGAAAUGUUUUUGAUUAAAACGGAAAGGGGUGUUCGAUUUAUAAAAAUGUGGUGAAAAGACGGCAUAAUGCUGUAGUGCCAGUCCCGGUAGUGAAAUCUCAAAGGUAUAACAGAUGGCUUUAGAAAUGUGUAGUGGAAAUCAGCUCUCCUAAGGACAUGAAAGGUCUGCAUUAUUUCUCGAUGAACGAAGGAUGAGAAAUGGCCAGUAUGAAGCAGUGAUGGCAGAUGGGCCGUCGGGAAAGGAGGUCAAAUUAAGGAAUCAAAGUAUGCAAUGCAGCUAAAAACAAAACCAUCUGAUAGCAAGUUGAAUAUAUCAGUCAUCCAGAAAUACAGAUGACAUGAUGAUGUUUGACUUGCAUCCCAUUAAAAUUGUGUACUGAAAUUUGAAAAAGUUUUUAAUUCUAGAGUCAAUACAUGUAGUUUUUACAAAACAAGAUGUAAUUUCAUAUUUUAUUAGACAAAAAGCAUUACAUACAUUAUUUUUAUGAUACUCAGAAAGAUAAAAGUGUAUUUAUUAAGUGAAUCUAGUGCUAAAACAUUUAGGUAAUAUGGUAUUUAUUGCGGGCUCUAAUGGAAAUAAUUUUUAUGAAAAUAUAUGGUGCUUUUUCUUAGAUCGGUAAAUAUUUUCAUACAUUAAGAAAAAAAUUGUUUUCACAAAGGGAAAAGUAACAUUCAUGUUUUUGAAUAUGUACAUAUUAAAUGUAACAUGAAUUGUUAACAAACUUUUUUUCAUUCAUAUCCUCAUAAAUUGUGAAUAUAUUCUUUGAAAAUAGCACUCUCUUUGCUAAAAACUAGAAAAUUUCAUGACCUAAACCAUAAAAGUUAUACCAAUAUAUGUUUAAGGGUAAACUGAAAUGCUUUGUUUCAUAUUGAAUUGUACAGAUAUGUUCUCAAAGGUUGUACAAAAGUUAAUUACCAUUUUGUAAUUUUCAUAUCAAUUGUAUAUAAUUCUUUGAAUUGAUUUUGUAAAAUACCAAACAUUUACAAGAUUCCCCCUUGUAUUUAGCUAACAUGAAAACAAUCAUUAUCUGCAUUACACAGAACAUGUACUUAGAUGAGAGGUAUCUAGGGGAUACUGUAAAAAUAGUCAUUUUUGUGAGCCCAAAAUUUCGAAACAUCAACUUUUCAGACAAAAUUCGAAAGGUUAAAUAUCUGCAAAUUUCUACUUUUAGUUCUGUUAAAUUUAUAUGAUUUUUAGGUAAAAUAAAUUUUUGAGAAAAUGUUCAAUUCGCAAAAUUAGUAAAAUUUAAUCACAUACAAAUCUGUGAUGUUACAGUAUUUAUUAAUCUUGAUAAUAUAAAAAAAGGUAAUAUUUAUUCAUUUAUCUGAUUGGUUUUCCUAACUUCAGUCUAGAACCCAUACCUAAUACAAAUUUUCUCUUUAAAAGUGGAUGGUGAAGGUAAGUGUCUGAUUAUUUUACCAUACAAUAGCCAGAAUAAACUGUUGAAAAUUCCCAAUUUAUUCUUGAAAAUAUCCCAAAUAUACGGUCAUUUUGUCCUACACAGGCAACAUGUAUUAUGUCCUGCUGGGUUUUUAAUGAUUUUAUUAUCAGAUUCAUUUUAUAACAUCUUUUACCAACAAAAUGAUAUUGCAGUAUUUUAAUGACAUUUUAAAACUUUGUUUAAGCUAAAUCUUGACAUUGGGGUUUGUGGUUUGUUUUAUUUGAAUCUUGAAUUGUUUUAUUGUUGUAUAUACAACAGAAGAGCCAGUGCUGAUUGUUCAAA